UAGCAGUGCGGGGUGGACGUGUUAAAAUGAGUUCCUUUUUAUUAAAUAUUUUAUUAUUAUUUAUCUGUGGUCAGAUGGUUAUGUGCCAGGAUGUCUACAGAGCAGCAAUAAUAGGCAAUAGGAAACCACACUCUAAAAACUAUGCAUCUCUUAUACAUGAAGCGGCCAAAUUGAAUGCGGAUAUACUUCUAUUAGAAACUGAGGAGGAUAAGGGCAACUUAGAAUCAUGUGGCCGUUGCGAUAAUAAUUAUGAUGAGAUAGUGAAAGCGGUUUCAACAGCUGCGAAGGAAACUGCGAUCUACGUAGGAGUCCAUGUGUAUGAAAAAAUAACUUGUAAUAAACAUGAAGAUAUUGUCAGAAGUAAUUUAAUAUUCAAUAGAAAUGGGGAUAUAAUAUCUGUUUCCAGGAAGCCAUUGAAUAAAGCUAAUUGCAAUUCAACAUAUUCAAACAGUGCAAGCUUUUCAACUGAUUUUGGCGUCAAAUUUGGAGUAUUCAUGGAAGAGGAUAUAAUAAAUGCUCAAGAUAUAGAUUUUAGUAAUUAUGUAAUACUGGGUUCAUGGCCUCGCCAAAGUGGGAAAUUACAUGCAUCGCAGCUUAAAGCAUCAUGGGCAUUUAUUAGUAAAAUUAACGUAGUUUCGACAAACGGUGUCUAUGGCAACACUGGAGCUGCCAUAAAGUCUAACAACAUUAUUGUAAAAGAAAUAAAAAAAAAUGGAAAUAAUAAACCAAAAUUACAAAGCAGUUCAUAUGAUUUUCCUGACUUGGCUCGCAGCGUCAAGCUGGACUUGGAACUCGCAAUGCAAGGUUACAAGGAAAACGUAUGCUUUGAAGAAGUCUGUUGUCAUUUCUACGUAAGGCUUGCGGGAAAAGGUAACUCGGACGUGUCAUACAACGUAGGAGUCCACACUGGUACAAUGGACGUAGGAUCUCAAACAGUGGCCACUCGAGGUUGUGUUCUGGUCGCCUGCGCAGGGUCAGAUCAAUCUUGCUCUGUACUGUCCAGGAAUUCAUCUGAUGUCACCUUUAAAACGAUCUCUAUAUCUAGUAACUUUAGUCAGGACUCUAAGCAGUUCCCUAUUUUACAAACUACGGAUGUCAAGAACAUAAAAUUCGACCAACAAAAUGGUAAAAAUAACAGGCAAGUUAAUAUGGAAAUUUAUGAAUGUAAUAAUUUAUUACAUUUCGGAAUUGUUAGCAUCGAAUCGAAGCCAAUCGACGAAAUUAGUGAAAAAUUUAACGAUUUCUCUUCAUACAUUUCGAGUGAGAAUGUUCAAGUAUUCUUUGAUUAUCUUUGGAUUCGAUUGCGUGUUCCUAUAUUUAUCGUAUCGAUAUAUAUAUUGGAGAUGAUGUAAAUUAUAUUUACUUAUUAAAAUAAGUAACAUUGUAUGUUUAGUGGGUUGGCAUUUAAUGGGAUUUUAUUAUUUAUCAAGUGUUAGGUAUAUUAAAAUAGGUAGAUCUAUUAUUAUUAUAAAAUAAUAUGAGACUGAUAUUAUGUAUUUUAUAAAAUGGUUUGAAUUAUGUUUGAAUUUCCUUUAGGUUUUUCUCUUGUAAUAAGUUUUUUGGACAUGCUUUUAUUAAACUGUGUUAAUUAUUGUUAUUGUAAAUGAAAAAUAGAAUUAACGAAGGUAUACUGUCAUGAGAGAUAUCAAAAAUUAACAGAUCAAAGUACGAAGUAACUUAAACAUUUUAGUAAAUCUUAAUAUUUGUUAGUUUAAAUAGGUAUUUAUCUUAUUUAAUUAUUAUUUAAAUAUUAAAGUUAUAUUAAAAAUAUAUAGGUAUAAAUUCAUGUAUUUUAUUUAAAAUUCCAAUUCAUAGGACAGGACGAGACUUAUUAUAGCCUAGUUCACAGAGUUAUUGCCAAAUAAUGUUAAAGUUACCUCUAUUAAGUUUUGCAGAUCUCUGUGAUAUUAAAAUAAUGUGAAUAAAUGAGUUU